AUGAAGAGUGAUUCGAUGUUCUGCGUUUAUUCACUUGUUGUUCUUCUUCUUCUUCUUCUACAGUCUUCCUGUGUUGAAUCGUUUAUCUUGAAGCUUGAAAGGAACGAGACGUUUCCGUCUCCGACAAACGUCUUCGAGUUAGGGUUUGUGCAGCCAAAUGUGUUUAUUUCUAGGUGGUAUCUGGGGAUUUGGUUAGCUCAAGACCCUAAAAGAACCUGUUUAUGGGUCGCCAACAGAGACAACGCUCUCACCACACCAAUGGGAACCCUCACGUUCUCCAACAACGACCUCGUCUUGAUCGGUCAAGGUAAUAAAACUGUGUGGUCGGCGAAUCUGACAGGAGGAGGAGAUGUGAACUCACAGAUGAGCUUCGACAAUCCAACAGACACACUGUUACCAAACAUGAGGCUAGGAUAUGAUCCCAAAACAGGAAGCCGAAAAGUCCUUAAACCCUGGAAAAAUCAAACUGAUCCGUCAAGUGGGUACCUUUCGUUGAGAUUUGAAGAUGACUUCUACAGCGCGGUUGUUGCGAUUUCUCUAGGACAUCCAUUGUCAGCGAAGAACUGGAGCAUUGUGUGGAAUGGAUACAGUUUUGGUGAUAUGCCACCGAUACUGGAAAUAGAGAAUGAAACCUUGCUGGUAAUGACGAACUACCUUGGGAACCACUCGAGGCUAACCUUGGAAGCUAACCAAGAGGAGAGCAUUGGCGUAUAUACUUGGGAUUUGAAAUCCCGUGUAUCGAAAGCUUCUUGGUCGCUUUCCAAAGAUGACUGCCACGGGUAUUUGCGUGAUGUUGCAGGAAAUUACAGGACGUGUGGAUCCUAUAGCUUCUGUUCCACCACCAACAAGGCACCCAUGUGUAGCUGUAUUCAAGGUUUCCAUCAAAAGACGGAGCCUUCAGGUGGGUGUGUGAGGAGUAGAGCUUUCAAUUGCAAUGACAGUAAGUAUCUGCUACUAAAAAACAUGAAGCUGCCGGAAAGACAUUUUGAUCAAUACCAGUUAGAUGGCUUUGAGACUUGUAAGCAAUUCUGCCACAGUGAUUGUGCCUGCACUGCAUUUGCCCUUGUGGAAAAGCUAAACAAUUCCUAUUGUGUGUAUUGGACCGGUGAACUCGACGAUAUGCAAAAGUACUCUGGUUUUGGUGGUCAACAACUUUAUGUCAGAGUGGCAGCAAAGGAUCUUGGUUAG